CCUUGUAUUUUAACUUCAAUUUUGGCAAUCUUUUCAAAUUUAUAGCUAGAUUGGUCGAUGGCUGCAAAAUAUUUCAUUCGCAAUAUCACUGCCUGUCUCUCUAGAGCGACAAUCAGCUCUCACAAUACUAUGAAGCAAUUUUCUUUGAUUACAAAUUUUUUAUUGACCAACAGACGAGUGUUCACUGCAUGCCCUGCCGGAAUUGAAGAAAAAUGUAAUCGCCUUAUUGUUCAAUGGAAAGAAAACUUAAUUGAUGAGUAUCCACUUGUUUGGCUGAGAGAUAACUGCCAAUGUUCUGCUUGCUUUGAUCAGUCAUCUCAAUCAAGAACAAUAAAUUUUUCCCAUUUCCAACUAAACCAAACAAUGAGGCAUUUGACCAUUCACAAUAAUAAUCUGGAGGUACACUGGGAAGAUGGUCAUAAAAGUGCAUAUGACUUCAAAUGGUUGAGACAACGGAGUUUCCAUCAUACAGAACAGCAAAAUUGGCUUAAAUCUAAUAAAGCACCGUACAAUACUUGGGAUGCAGAUUGUUUUAAGAAAAUUCCAGUUUUUGAUUUCAAAGCUGUCAUGCAGGAGGACAAUAUUUUACUAGACUGGCUGGAGACUCUAGGUGUUUGGGGUGUGUGCCUUAUUAAGAAUGCUCCCCAUGGUUUAGGACAAGUGGGAUCACUUGCGAGACGAGUUGCAUUCGUCAGGAAAACUCACUACGGUGAAGAAUUCAGUGUCCAAGCCAAAGCUGAUGCCACUAAUGUUGCAUACACUCAAGGACAUUUACAACUGCACACUGAUUUACCGUAUUAUGAAUACAAACCAGGGAUAAAUCUGUUGCAUUGUCACAUACAAUACAGCGGUAACGGUGGAGACAGUCUUCUGACAGAUGGAUUCAAAAUAGCUGAAAAACUUCGAGAAAAAGAUCCUGAAACGUACAAAUGUUUGGUGGAAACUAAAGUGACAUGGUCAGAUAUAGGUCAGGAAAAUGGCAAUCAUUUUCACAAAAUUCACCAUGCACCAGUGAUAUGUGAAUCAGAUGACGGAACCAUCAGACGUAUAAACUAUAGCCAACCUCAACGAGAUUCCCACAUGGCUGUCCCUAUAGAUCAGGUUGAAAUAUGGUACCGCGCCCUGAAAAAGUUCUAUGAUUUGGCUACUGAUGCAAGUUACCUCAUCGAGUUCAAACUGAAACCAGGAGAAAUAGUAACCUUUGAUAAUCUACGAAUAUUACAUGGCCGAACUGCCUUUGGCGAUAACCUCAAAGGUGAGCGCCAUGUUCAGGGAGCUUACCUCGAUUGGGAUGAGGUUCGUUCAAGAAUUCGUGUGCUGAAAACAAAACUUUUAGUCAACUAAGAUAACAAUUCUUUACCCACAAAGAAAAGUGGAUACUGGUAUUAAUGCCUUUUCUGUGGUGAUCAAUUUCAAAGACAGUAUAUAUCAUCUUUUAGUAAAUAAUAAAUGAAUUUAAUUGAA